AUGCUUCUCUGCCUCACAACUGGGCAGAGAGGACAGACCAUACACAAGAUGGAUGUCAGCUACAUUCAACAAAUGGACGGCAGAUACUGAAUAACUAUAUGUGAUAAACUGAAGCAGACUAAACCUGGAAGACAUCUAGAACCCAUUGAUUUAUUUGCUUAUCCAAACGAUGAGAAACUCUUUGUGGUUGAACAUCUAAAGGAAUAUUUACAUCGCACAGAACAGUUGCGUAAGGGACACUCGAAGUUACUGUUAAGCUAUGUCAAACCAUUCAAACCUGUAUCAAAACAUACCAUUUCUAGGGGGAUUAAGCAAGUAUUAGAGGCAGCUGGUAUUUACAUUAAGAAGUACUUGGCUCAUAGCAGCAAAGCAGCAUCCACAUCCAGUUGCAAGGCUAAAGGUUUAAACCUAGCAGAGAUUAUGAAAAAUGCUGGAUGGUCUAAUUCGAGUACUUUCUCCAGAUUUUAUGAUAAACCUGUUGACACCGCUCAAGCAAAGUUCGGCUCAGUAUUUUUAAAUUAG